AUGUCAUAUUCUCAAAGAAACAUUCAAAAUUUACCAUUUUAUUCUCCAGCCAAAUUUGAAAAUGACCAAAAGGAUUUAAUGAUCUCUUAAUUGAAGGCUGAGAACUUUGAAUUGAGAUAGAAUGCACGAGACUAUUAAGAAUUGGCUUCUCAUUUGAAAUCAUUAGAGAAUAGAUAUAAUACAUUACAUGAUGAGAAGAUGAGAAAUGAAGUAGACUAUCGAAAUAAGAGUGAUCAAACUUUAAAAACUAUUGCUAACCUUAGAAAUGAGAUAGAUAAUUUGAAGUCUUAGUUAACAGAAAAACAUAUUGAAAGUUAAGAGAUGAGAGCUGAAAAUCUGGCAUUCAAAGAAAUCACAGAUCAUAGAUCCUAAGAGAAUUAGAGAGUCAAAAAUGACUUAGCCCAAAUCCAAGAGGCAAACAGAAAAUUAUACGAAGAUAAACUUAGAUUGGAAACAGAAUUAUAAGCAGCUAAAGAUGAAAGAAAAAGAUUAUUGCAUGACAGAGAGAUUCUUAAUAAUACUUAUGAAGAUGUAUUAGAUAAAUUGAAUGAAAAAGAGAAAUCAUUUUCUUAAUUGCAAAGUGAUUUUGAUAAUCUUGAAAAGUAAAACCUAAUUUAUAGAGCAGAUGUUGAAAAUAUUAAUAAUGAAUUAAAAACAAAGAAUGAAAAUUUGAAAUAUACUCGAAUGCAAUAUCAAGAAGCUUAGAAUUAUAUAUCAUAACUAUAAAAUGAUCUUGAAGAACUUCAUAAAUAAAAAGAGAAAUUCAAGUAGGAAAGCCUAUUAUAUUAAAAAAAUUAUUAAUCAGAAGCGGACACAUGCAUGGAAUUGAAUGCAUAAGUUAUUUAGUUAGAUCAGACUGUUAAACAUUAGGAAAAGACUAUUAUAGACUAGAGGAAUGAGAUGGAGCGAUUAAAAUCAUUACACAUGGAAUGUUUAGAAACUACAGAGGAAUUGAGUCAUGAAUUAGAGCAAGUAAAGCGGAUGAAUGAUCAAUUAGAACAUUAACAUCGAGAAGUUAUGGAAGAACUUGACAAAAUGUCAUUAGCAGAAGAAUAAGCCGCUAUGGCUAGAGCUAGUAAAUACAAAGAAUUGAAAACCAAAUUAAUAAUGGGAACUAAGCAUCUAACGUAGUUCCAAUCUCCAUUUAAAAGAUUUUCUACUAACAAAAAGCCUUAAAUGAAACAAUAUGAAUUUUGA